AUGGCACUCCCUGGACCGGUUGUUGCCGUUCACGUUCCUGCUCUCCUUGCUCUCCGCCUGCAAGCAGGGCACAGCAUCGACGACCAUGCACACAUAUCUGUUUCGGUUCUGUGGGCGGCUCUUGGCACAGUGGCAGCCCUUGCCGCCCCCCUCGCCUAUGCUCGUAUCGUCGAGGCGAUCCUGGACCCGACUUCCCCGCCCUCCCGCCUCACGAGGGCUGUCGCCAUGCUCGGCACCAGCUACGCCGUAGAGCCUGUGUCGACGUAUCUGUACGUGAAGGUCAUGAGCGGGGUGAUCGACCGAGCGGCCUCGGGACUCAAGCUCCGGGCGUUUCGGUCCCUGCUGGCGCAGGAGGUGGCGUUUUUCGACCUAGGGGGUUCUUCAGAGCUGUCGGCGGCGGUGACGUCGGACGUAAUGGUGGCCAAGCAGGCCGUGCAGGGAAAUCUCCAGCGGGACAGAGGCCUCCGAGCCGUGCUCGAGACGAUCUGCGGCCUGGCCGUGCUCUUCAAGCUCUCGCCCCGCCUCGCCUGGGUGUUCGGACUGGUCAUCCCUUUCGCCGCGUGGAGCUUGGCAGAGGCCCGCAAGAAGCUGAUGCUGCUGGGGCAGGAGGAGGGGAAGUCUCUGGGGGUCGAAGCCUCCAUCGCGUCGGAGGCCGUUCGCAACAUCCGGGAAGUCCGCGGAUUCGGGGCGGAGGCUAGAGAACUGGAAAGGUUCAGGACGGCUUCACAGGGAACCGCGGCGACGUCCGUCAAGAUAGGGGCGGCCUCCGGCAGGCUGGAGGCCCUCAAUCGCGCCGCCAUAUACAUGAGCAUCCUCGCCGUGAUGAUGGUCGGAGGGCGGCUUGUGCUGGCCGGGUCGAUGCAGGCGUCGCUGCUGCUGUCUUUCGUCGGGUUCUGCUUCAGCUUGAACUUCGCCAUGCAGGGGGUCAACUUCACCGUGACGGACGCGAAGAGGGGCCAGGCAGCGCUGGAGCGGGUGUUCAAGGUCAUGUCCCCUGCGGGAUCGAAAGGCCUCAACCUUGGCGUGGACGUCAUAUCUCCCCGGGACUUCGAGGGCAAGGUGGACUUCCGGAAGGUGCACUUCACGUACCCUACUCGCCCCGACAUGCACGUGCUGUCGGGCCUGGAUCUGACGCUCCGGGCGGGGGAAGUGACGGCGCUGGUGGGCAAUAGCGGCGGGGGCAAGAGCACGAUCGCGGCCCUGCUGAGCCGCUUCUACCCGCCGAGCCGGGGGAAGAUCUUGGUAGACGGGGUGGACGUUACGGACCUGGACAGGAGGUGGCUCACGCAGAGGAUAGCCUUGGUGGGACAGAACCCCGCGCUUUUCACGGGGUGCGUCCUUGAGAAUCGUAUUCGUGUGCCUGCGGUUGGUUUGCUUUGGGUCGAUCUCUCGCGGCGAGAACGGGGGGGGGUGUACUCAUAG